AUGAAUCCUCUUGCCCUCCUCCGCGUUCCGCGCGCACGCCCUUCGCUCCCGCUCGGCGCCUCCGCCCCUGCACACAGCAGCGCCAUGGCAGCAGCAGCCGGCCGCCUCUCUCCUACGCCCGCGCGGCGGCUGCGUGCUCGUUUGUCAUCCCCGUGCUCGGCGGAGGCGGCCCUGCCCGGUAAAGAUGAGCAGGAGGAGGAGGAGCUGUUCGACUGGCUGGACCAGUGGUACCCGUUCGCCCCCGUGUGCGACCUCGACCCCGGCGCGCCGCACGGCAAGACGGUGCUGGGCCUCCGCGUCGUCGCCUGGCACGACCGCGCCGUCGACGAGUGGCGCGUGUUCGACGACAAGUGCCCGCACCGCCUGGCGCCGCUCUCCGAGGGCCGGAUCGACGGCAAGGGCCGCCUCCAGUGCGUCUACCACGGCUGGUGCUUCGACGGCCGUGGCUCCUGCCAGUUCAUCCCGCAGGCACCCGCCCUCGGCCCCACUGUGCACAAGAACAGCAAGGCGUGCGUGGCGUCGUACCCGACCGUGGUGCAGAAUAACAUCUUGUGGUUCUACCCGAUGGCCGGCGCCGAGCACCGGGACGUGCUCCAAAGAAAGCGGCCGCCUUUCAUCCCGGAGAUGGACGACCCCUCCUUCCACACCAUGUACACCAUCAGGGACCUCCCCUACGGGUACGACGUGCUCGUGGAGAACCUCAUGGACCCUGCUCACCUCCCCUACGCGCACAAGGGGUUGACGCCAAUCCCCGCAAAAGAUGACGACGGCCCUGCCAUGGCGUUCAUUCGCACGAAAGGAGACCCCGGAAGAGUUGAGCUCGACAAGGAGGGUGGCGGGCCGAUGAAGAUGAAGAUAGAGGAGGCCAAGGCUGGCGGGUUCCUGUCGCCGCAGGGGAACGGUGGCUACUACCGGUUCACCGCACCGUGCACCUUUCACGGCUCGCCGCUUCCGAGUGAGGCCGAGGGAGAGGACAAGCAGAAAAAUAAGCCUUACUUCAUGAAUGUGUUCAUGUGCGUCCCGGUGGCGCCGGGGAGGAGCAGGGUGAUCACCGCGUUCCCAAACAACUUCGGCGUCUGGUUGGACAAGAUCAUGCCACGGUGGUACUUCCACAUUAUCCAGAACGCCAUCUUGGACUCUGACAUGUACCUCCUUCACGUCGAGGAGCGAAACUUUGCUGCCGCCGGUGUUGACAACUGGCAGAAAUCUGUGUACGUGCCUACGUCGUCAGACAGCAUGGUAAUCGCCUUCAGAAACUGGUUCAGAAAGCACUGCAAGAACCAGGUCGACUGGGCUGCCCCAAUGGUCCAUCAGCUUCCGGCUACUCCUACCAAAGACAAGCUUAUGGAAAGGUACUGGUCACACGUCGCGCAGUGCAGGAGCUGCAGCGUAGCGCUCAAGGCCAUGAAGGCGCUGGAGGUGGCCCUGCAGGUCGCCGCAGUCACAGUGGUCGGGUUCCUCGCCGUCGCCAAGGGGACGCUGGCGACGUCCGUCGUACAGAAAACCGUCGUCGUUUCGUUAGCCAUUGCGUGCUUCGCUGCGUCCCGCUGGCUCGCGACCUUCGUCGAGAAGACCUUCUAUUUCCAGGAUUACGUUCAUGCUUACAAGUGAAGACAUGUCCUGUAUUUCAGUGGCUGUUACUGAUAGGGAUUUUCUGUAUAAAAGAAGCAGUACAUUCAUGCUAAUGUAUCGAGCCUGUAAGAAUAAUU